AUAGUCAAUGUAAUGUAAUAUUUUACGAAAAUUAAAUGUACAUUUUUUGAGUUAAGGAUCACAACUCAAAAAUGUGGUGGCAAACAACUUGAAACUGCCCAACUAAGGGCAAAGUGAUGUUUCCUUAUUGAACCAAAGUGCUGAAUUUAAAUAGAACUAACUAGUGCGUAUGACGUCAUCACGUCAGAUUUAUUCCCGCCUCUGAAGUUCUAGAUUGACCAUCUACCAGCACCAUUCUCGGAACCGGAGCUGAAACAACGGUAAGUUCUUCGGUAAAAUAUGGUUUUAUGUAGUAAUAUUAUGACUUUAUAACUGUAUUAAUGAAUGUGCUUUACUUUUCAAUAUGUUUUAAAUGCUAGUGGUAUCAACUUAGGUUUUGUAAAACCACAGUGAGUGCCAAGAAUAUUGUUGGUGAGAUUUAGAUUUUUAGACAAAGGAUUUUUUUUAUUAAACGGUAAUUUUUCUACGUUUUUGUCGAUUUAAAAGGUUCUUAUCACAGAACUCCCGUGAUGCGUAAUAAGAGGCGUCUUCUCUGCCCCAGCAGUUGUUAGCAACAACGCCAUAGAGUGUAAAAAUGUAACACUCAUUAUUUGCCCGUGAAAGUCAGUUGAGGAAGCCCCGUAGAUUCUUCUCUCUCUCUCUCUCUCCCUGCCGGCACGUGCCUGCUUCGCAUUCGGCACGUGCCUGCUUCGCAUUCGCGACUGCAUGGUCCCUUCCUUCCCAUCGUUGAGCUGCGUUCUGUACCGCGAUCAUGAAAAUGACAGAAAUACGUCUCCAUCGGAGGAUAGUUUAAAAGGUAAGAAAACGUAUGAAAAGUAUUAAACUCACCAUCAACCCAGAAGGUAUUUCUGUCGAUGCCUCCUUAGUUUUCAUGUCCUCCUGUUAGCCUAAAUAUUACUAGUGGUGUUGGAUAAACUGGCUGAAUUCUCUACUUUAAGGAUUAAAUUCUCGUCGUCCAGGAUCAAAAAGUAGCAAAUUAGAUCCACAGACAAACUAACUUCAAUCCCAGUGUCAAGUGUAGUCAAAUUUAGAACCCGUUUAACUUUUGUUACGGUUAUUUCCUUGUUAACCAGUAUUUUGAAAAUCUCCGGAAUUCGUGUCUGAUUUUCUGUCUUCCCCUAUCAAAACUGUAGAGCUUGACUCGUUUAAAGCCGGGCGGACACUAUGCGACUUUUUCACUCAGCUUCAGCUCUUAACUGUACGACUUCCUCGCAGGGCAGUUCUCACAAGUCAUGCGCUCACACUGCACGACCCAGUUCUCUGUUGUGACCUGACUGCUCACUCUGUACGUAUGAUAGCAACACGUCGGCCCUAAAAAUAUGCUAAAAAUAGCAGUUUUUACUCCACGUCAGACUUUUUUGUCUUGCCUGUUGUCCUUCAGGAGUGCUGCAGGGACACGGAUUUAUGGGGGCUGGUGGGGAAAACGAAAUAAAGUAAAUCUGUGUUUUGUGAUCAGGUUAAUUUGACAUGAACACGACAAACACGCUUUCUUGACAAUCUUUGUGAGUAAAAAAACAUGUAGAAAUAAAAACGAACAACGUGUGUUAUUAGGGAAAUAGCGAGCAGAUGCAGGAUUGCGCAUGCGCCGUGAGCGGUUCUGAUACUUUUUGGGUCGCAGCUGCUCGCAGCAUCGCUUCAACAGUGCGAUACCAUCACGAGGGACGAUCAACAUUUCAAACACACCAGAAGUUUGUGCGAGUUUACGAUUGCUAAUCGGUAGUUGGUCACGUGGUGUUAAUCGCCUCUCAUAACCCCCUGUACACUACAAGAUGCUCAGCGCAAAACUCUCCCCGAUCUUGUGGAUUCUCGCACGACUGGAAAAUCGGCUCAAAAAAGUGAAAAAGUCGCACAGUGUAUGCCCGGCUUUAGACACUACAGCAUUUAGUGUGCAAAAAGGGCAGUCUUAAGGAUUUGGUGUUAAUCACUAGAAUAAUAAAAUGUAAUGAAAAUGUUUACAAAUGUAAUGUCAGUAAAAAAACUUGUUUUUUCCCCCCAGUCUUUUGUUUCACCAUAUCUGUAAUAUCAGAUUCAAUAUUUAAAGUGGGGUUGUAUGAACACAUUUGUAAUUUUUUCUUUUCCCCUUCAGCUCUCCUGAUUCCUUUUUGCCUUGUUCAAUGUAAUGUAAGUUAUCAAUGAACACUGGCACUUUGAUAGAUGGAAAGUUUAACCGCUUAUAUAUUAAUUAAUUUUCUUCUUCUCUUGCUCAUUUUUCCUCAGUCCCUGGUAGAAAACCACCCAACAUCUGGAAUUGCAAAUGUGAGUUUUGUAUACAUUUAAUUAAAUUAUUAAUUUUUAUUAUUUUAUUUAUUAAAGGCCCUAUCACGUUUGCAUUAAAUACUACAUUAUUGCUGUAAGUCAGCCCAUUAGUGUUCCUGUGUUCCACUGAAAAGACAUAGCUUUUCAAGUAAGUUUUUAAAUUUAAGUAUCUUCUGGGCCAGCCUCUUUGUAAACGAGUAUUAUAUCAUAGGAAUGCUAAAAAAAAUCUUGAGGUUCCAAUAUUAUCUGCUAAUAAAGAAUACAAUUAAAACAGUAGACAUGACACUACCUCCCCCAUCAUUGUUUAGGUUUAUUACAGUCAAAUCUGAUGUAAAGAUAAUAGUUCAUUUUAUAUUACUUGGUAACAAUACCACAAGAGACCCUAGUUGUGCCUCAAAAUAGUUUUUGUUUCUUAAAAUAGUUCAAGGACAGCUUAAAUUUACAAUUGUGUUUGUAUAACAUUAAGGGUAAAAAUUGUAGUAAUGUUAAGAAAUUAAAUCUGCCAAAUAAUUACAGUGCAAUUUCAGCUGUGCAAUAAAACAGUCCAAAUACAACCCCCAACUUUGCUUUCUUUCGAGGACCCAAGGGAAUUUCUUAUUUUAAAGUACUUUUUUAUUAUCAAUAACAUGCUUGGCCCCAUGAACAGAAUACUUUCUUUAUGCAUUGGGUUGAUUUUUUUUUAAAUAAUUUUUUUAAGUGUGUUAAACUGAAUUAUAUUUGAUUUUAAAGGAAGUAAAUUACAUUUUAACCGAUGCAAGAAAACAUUCCAAAUACAAUCCCCAACUUUGCUUUCUUCAGAUGACCCAAGGGAAUUUCUUAUUUUAAAGUACUUUUUUAUUAUCAAUAACAUGCUUGCCCUCAUGAACAGAAUACUUUCUUUAAAAAUCUUCUGUAUAUUCAUUCUGUGUGUGUGUUCAUGAUUGUCUUCAUUUUUCUUUUGUAACACAGAGAAAUUAGGUGUUUACCUUUUGCUGACAUGUUUCGGCUGGAACUACCCCCUUCGUCAGAGCCAUCAGCUGUUCGCUGGCGUUUUUUCCGUUUAUGUGCGGGCAACAAAGGACGAUGUCGCCCUCUGCUGCCCGCGUCCUCCCCACUGAUGACACAGUCCCAUGCGUGGUCCAACAUGUAUACCCCGUCGUCCCUGUUCAUGGUGUUGUGUCCACGUCUCCUUAUCUCUAUCGCUUUCUUAAUCCAUCUUCUGUAUUUUUGUUGUUCUGUGUUAAUGAUCUGUGUGCUGUCUGCGGGCAGCAGAGGGCGACAUCGUCCUUUGCUGCCCGCACAUAAACGGAAGUGACGCCGCGAACAGCUGAUGGCUCUGACGAAGGGGGUAGUUCCAGCCGAAACAUGUCAGCAAAAGGUAAACAAACACCUCAUUUCUGUGUUACAGUGCUUACGGUAUGUGCCCACCGCACACGAUUCUGGUUGUUUUGCGAAAUAAUUCAAUGUAAAAUCAAUGGAGCAGCGCGACCAUGAGUGACAUGGCGUCACACGUCAACUCGGAAGCAGCUGUGCGUCCAGAAAGCGCGAGAUUACCUCACCUCAGCGGCAGGUGCGAGCUGACGAGGCGUGUCAUUUGUGACUGCUCCAGCUGCUGCGUGUGCAUCUGGCAAAAGGAAAAUCUGAUUGCUCAACUUGGAAUGGGCCUCACUGAGAGGAAUAGAAGAGAGGAGACUCGACAUCUGGUGAGUUUAUUUUGCUGUCGGAAUGUUCAGGAGGUACUGUCGCCAUGGAAACACAUAUACAGUAUAUGCGAUAUCAGUAGAUCCUUGCAUGUCCGCCUAGACGCCCGUCCAAAUUGGUCAAAAUAUUGACAUUAGCUGUGCGUUCAACUCGUCCUGCACGCCCGGCAAGGUGCGACUUCACCUGCGUCCGAACAGAGGAGUGUACAGCAAUUUUAACGCCAGAAUCGCGUGCGGUGGUCACGUACCAUUACAGACUGCACGCGAUUCUGGCGUUAAAAUCGCUGUAAACAUCUAUUUGGAUGCACCUGCAAUCGCACCUUGCCGUGCGUGCAGGAAGAGUUGAAUGCGGGGCUAAAUGUAAGUAUUUUAAUCGAUUUGGUCAGGCGUCUAGGCGGACAUGCAAGGAUCUACUGAUCCACAUAGACUGUAUAUGUGUUUCCAUGGUGACAGUACCUCGUGAAGGGUUCCAACAGUAAUAUAAACUCACCAGGGUAUCCAGUCUCCAUCUUCUAUUCCUCUCAGCGAGGUCCAUUCCAAGUUGAGCAGUCAGCUUUUCCUUUUCCCAGGCGUCACGCAGCAGCUGCAGCAAUCGCAAAACACACGCCUCGUCAGCUCGCAUCUGCCGCUCAAGUGAGGUGAUUGCGUGCUUUCUGGACGCACAGCUGCUUCUUAGUUGACGUGUGAUGCCCUGUCUCUCACGGUCGCGCUGCUCCAUUGAUUUUACAUUGAAUUAUGCCGUUGGAUGAGGAAAACGAAAUAAAGAACGUAAAUCUGUGUUUUGUGAUCAGUUUAAUUUGGCAUGAACACGACAAACACACUUUCUUGACAAUCUUUGUAACAAAAACGUGUAGAAAUAUAAACGAACAGUGUGUGUUAUUAGGGAAAUAGCGAGCGAGCGGUGUUGAUGCAUGAUUGCGCAUGCGCCGUGAGCGGUUCUGGUACUUUUUGGGUCGCAGCUGCUCGCAGCGCCGCUUCAAGCGCUGAUGCGCUGUGUUGAAGUUCAGAAUGUGUUUACCGGUAGUUGGUGGAUUUAACCAUAAACUUUCCACAUGAACAAAAUCAUAUCUGUGUUAUUAACCGGUCUAAGAAAAUAGUGUGAUUUGAAUUGUUUUAUUAACCCUCUGGGGUACAUGGACGCAUAUCCGCGUCUUUUGAACAGGUCUGAUUUGGGACGCUGUAGCAGCAAGACUCCGCCUCCCUGACUUUUGGUUUCAAUUCAGCUUUAAAAAGGAGAUUAUAAACUACACCCCUGUUUUUACAUUUUGUUAAUAGGCAACGUAAAAGCGGAGUUAUACUAAACUAAAAAAUUAUCUAUUUUUAGACAAUCUGAUAACUUGUCUAAACAGCAGUUUAGUAAUCCGUGAGAGGGAAUGUGCUUGUGAACGUAAAAAAUCCCCCACAAAAACAUGAGAUCCUUUUGCUGUUGGUGGAAGUCUCACAUAUUCAGUUUAUUAAAAGGAUCAUUAUGUAGCUGAGAGAGAGAGGAAGGCUGCAUGAGUAACGAGAUGUGCGCAAAAAGGAGCCGCUUUGCGGGGAAAGCAGUGGCGCGAGCGGAGUAACAACAAUUAGACAGAUAUUGACGGUAAACCUCAUAUUUUGGAGCGAUCCGGACAGAUAUGUUGUCUCUGCAGUUUAGCAGGCUUUUAUUAGGCUUUAAUAAAGGAUGAUGAGAAGGAUAAAUGUCCACCAGGCAGUUCAGAUAGUACGGCUGUUUUUUUAACUGGAAGAAGAGGAAGUGGACGGAGACUCACAGCCGGAGUCUGACGCAAAUAGCGAGGAUGUUGAUGAUGAUGUAGCAGAUCCACAGGUCUGUCUUCGCUCACGUCCGCACGUUCACGCCACGCCUCUUGUUUUCUACUACGUUCGCUUCUCACAACAACACAAUAGGCACACCGCACCACAGGGCGCAGCGUACAUUUUGGAGAAAAUUUUAGACUUUUAGGUGCGCCUUAUGGUCGUGAAAAUAUGGUAAAUUACAUUUAAACUGAUGCAACAACUUUUUAAUCUGCAACAAAACUAUUAACCUCUGAAGCUCUCAUUGACUGGUGUUUAAACAGUGGUCUUCCUGAAGGAGGAGAAAAGUGUGGACAAACUCAUUUGUAACAAGUGGUCCAUCUGUCUUCUUUUUCUAGUGUCAAAUUGAAUGGCAUGGAGUUGCAAAGACUGUCAUAGUGUCUUCACAAGAAGAUCUCAACUGCUUGGGCACUACAAACUAAGCCACGGACAAUAUGGAAGAGAUUACCAUGGGUGCAGCAAGACUUAAAGUCAUCUUGGGCGAAAACAAUGUGGAAAAAUUGAUUCUUCCAAAUGGUAUACCCCAGUCUUUAUUAGAACUUGUCAAUGUCGUAAAGAACACCUUUGGAAUCACAACAGAAAUUCGCCUGCAAUACAUGGACCAAGAUUUUGGAAAUGAGUUCUUCAAUCUAAACGCAACCUCUGAACUGCAGGAUUUGGGAACAAUCAAGGUGGUUCAACAGGAAGUUGUUCCACUCAUAAUCACACUUACUGAUGAUGUUUCAUCAGCUUGUGCCACUUUUGAUGCUGUUGAUUGCUCUUUACAGGCAUCAAACAACACAAACAUACUCCCUUCUCCUCCAAAACUGUCAUUUCGAAGCGUGCAGUGGCCGGCGGUGUUUCCUAUUCCACAAUUUUCGUAUGACACCGAGCUUGUGCUUGAAAGGGGAAAUGCUGAAUACAAAUCAUCCUCCAAAUUGGUGUAUCUCAGCACAAGAACCAAAUCUGACAUUCUGAACAAAGUAUCUGAAGAAAUCUUCAAGUACAAAGCUUAUCCAUGUGAUGAACACUUUGUUGCAGUGGCAGAAGCUUUAAUCAAAAAACAUCCGUGUUUGAAGGAACCUGGAUCCUCAAAUGGAUGGUACGGAUGGAAGCAGAGGCUCAAGUACAAAAUGGGAAAUCUUAGAACCCAGCUCAGACUGCACGGGUGCCCAGAGGUAGCUGUUAACUCCAUGAAGUCCAAAGUUACAGAAGGAUCUUCUGGCAGAAACGUAAAAAGGCCUAAAAGGGCAGAAGCUAACUUUUAUCCAUCUUUGCCAACUGGGGACACUUCCGAAUCCCUUGAACAGGAAAGACUUUCACUUCUGACUGAAGUGAAAAUAAGACACAAUGACCGGGUCAUUGCAGACAAAAUGGCACGCACUUUUGCAUACAGGCGACAAGAGGUGGUGGACGGUGAGCCAAGAAUCCAGGAUUUUAAGGGUCGAUGGCCGGCUCUUUUUGAUCAACGCGAGAUCAAUGCAGAGUUCCAGAGGCUUGUAGCUCUUCCCCUAGAGCAGAAGUUUUUUUCCCAACUUGACAAGUACUCCACCAAAUUGAUGACCGCCAUUCGCUCAAGAGGAGGAUCAACCAGGGAGAAGAUAUCUGGGCUGACACAAAUCUUUGACCAGACCGAAGACGUCAACAAAAAAAGAGAGUGUGUCCUGAAAGCCCUCGUCCCUUUCCUUGGAGAGGAUGGAAAUGCUUUCAUCAAAGAAUACACGGACAGUCACAGAGCAGAGAUGCAAAAAGACCUGGAAGACGUCACGAUGGCUGUGUAUGUCAUCCGGUCCGAGGGAGAUGAACUUCAAGGGCCUCCUGAGGACAUUGGGAUUGUAAUCGAAGGAGUAGAGGUUCUUGAUAGACUGUCCUCAGUUGGAACAGCAUGUGCACUCCUGUUAGGUUUGAUCUACAUUCUUAAUCUGGCUUAUCCAAAGGUCCUUCGCUUUACAUUUGAGGUGUUGCAGAAAAUUAUAAUGGAGCUGGAACCUCAAAAGAUGUCUCCAAAGGUGCAGAACCUGUAUGUGAAACUGCUAAAUAUGAAUUAAUAUUGGUGGUUUGCAACCACAAGAUCAGUUUUUGCCAUUUCCUUUUCCAAAAUGUACCUGUAGCACAGGUAUGUUGUUUGUAGCUGUCUUUUUUCCCAGCAUGGUGCAGAAACUAUAAUCUAAGCCUUGAUUGUUCACUGACGGUGAAGUAAUUUGAAAAUAGAAUUUCUAGGAUUUUCCAAUUCUAAGUAAUACUUAGAUAAGUGAGGGGAAAAAACAUUCUGUAACCAGUCCAGUCAUUCUCCUGAUCUGGCAACAGACAGUUUACUUUAGUUGAGCAUAAAACAAUAAAGGUAAAGGGGAAUGAAAUGCUUUUGUUAAAAUUAAUUUAUAUUGUUUUUGGGCUAAAACGAAGCAAAUAGACUGCUGCUAAAACAGGAGAAAAACUGGGCUGUUACAGAAUGUUUUUUUUUCUCAUUUACCAAAGUUUUACUUAGGAUUGGAAAAUCCCUUUAAAGCCAAGUGUCAUCUACUCUGUUUUUUAUAUGCACUUCAGUUUAGAUUUGUUCUUUUGCUGCAUCUUGGUUUUGAUUCUGGUUCAGCCAUGGAUUUUGGAUUGCAUGUAGGUUUCAGUGAAAUGAGUUUUGCCUAUGGUUCAAAUUAAAAGGGCACCAUUGAUGGUACAUCAGCUGACUUUUUAAACCCGUGUUUAGCAAUUCUAGUUUUCGAGUGCCAGUAUACGGCAACGUUUAAUUGUGUCUCUGCUUCAACACACCUGAAUCAAAUAAUCUGGUCAUUAACAGGGCUAUGGAUUCCUGAACUGCAUACUGAGGUUUUUCAGCCAUUUUAUUCAGGUGUAUUGAAGCAAAGACAGAACUGAGAGUUGCAGUACACCCUCAGGCACUGGAAUUUCCUUGUGAUAUAGGUAUUGUUCAGUCAUUUUUGUACUGUGUUAGAUUUGUUCAGAGCCAGCUGAAAAUAACGAGCUAUUACAUUUAUCUUCCUUCAAUGGUAUUCCCCAAAAUGUUUACAAUUCAGUUUUAAUGUCUGGCUUUUUGAUGUUAUAUGCAAUUCACUAUGUGAAGUCAUUGUGUUGUUAAACUGUGAGAGCAUUUGUAUUAAAUUUUGUUACAUUUUG